AUGCCCACCAAGAUAAGGAUAGCAAUCUGCCAAUUCGACUCCCAUCAACCAAGCACAACAGCAACAACAACAACAAAUCAAACAUCCGAUAACCUCCAAUUCGCCGAACAUGAGAUCAAGAACUUAAGCAAGGCUAAGGGAUUCAUCGCUCGGGCGGCUCAGAACACCGCCGAUUUGAUCAUCUUCCCUGAGUAUUUUAUCACCGGUCUAAUCGAGAACCAUUUACAUCUAGCCUCGAAAGAAUCGAAAUGGAUCAAGGAGUUUCAGCGGCUAGCGAUCGAGCAUCAGAUCGACAUCAUCCCAGGAACGAUUGUCGAAGAAGAGGAAGAAGGAGCAGCCGAGAAGAAAGAGGGGGCGGAUCCUACGAAGAGCCCGGACGAUCGGCGUGUAAACUUGUUCAACUCGGCUUAUUACAUCGAUAAAUCAGGCCAGAUCCUCGGCAAAUAUCGCAAGAAAAACUUGUGGUGGGUGAAUCCAAUCCUAACAUACGUCUCUCGUCUCUGGGACCCACGGCCGGUGUUGGGUCUUGAUUUGGCCAUACCUCAUAGAGAGAAGUAUCUCACACCGUGUCCUAACCCGCACCAGGUAUUCGAAGCACUCAACGGAUUGAAGAUCGGGAUCCUAGUCUGUUGGGAUUUAGCGUGGCCGGAAGCGUUUAGAGAUGAGGUCGACCUGAUCAUCAUUCCGAGCUAUUGGACCCUCGACCAACCGGAGUCCAAGAUGAUCAAACACGACCCGAGCGGGAUCCACGAAUCGAAUCUGAUCGACGGUUGUGGAGGAAAGAAAGAAGACGGCUUCCUAGGUCGAUCGUCAAUCAGUUUGCCCUUGAAAGGUCACGUGGUCAAAUUUGACGAGCCCGAUGAAAAGCUUCAGGUAGUCGAUGUCGACCUCUCCGUCCUCAAAGAUGCACGGGAAGUAUACAAGGUACGGGAAGAAUACUAUUCAAAAUAA